CAACACUGGCCGGAGAUAACACAAGCAUCACGUCAGAGCGCUGUACUAAAGCUCAAAGGGGGAAACUGCAUAUCAUUCUUACGAAGCAAGUCAGACCAGAGUUUCUGCUGCUUUUCAAUCCUGCACAUUAACCGGUACCAACAUGCCUGUCAUCAGAACCCUCAGCAAGGUUGCCAAGCAGGCCCUGCUCAGCACCCCAGGGUGCGGCUGCCAGCCCCUAACAGUGGCUGUACGCAACAUCAGCUUCUCCCCUCGGCAGGUGACUUCAGAUGCCAGCUUCCACUCUGUGUCCUUCUCAGAAACAGACCACCCCAAGGUGCUCAUUACAGGUGGCCUGGGACAGCUCGGGGUGGGGCUCGCCAAAUUGCUUAGAAAGAGGUUUGGAAAGAACAACGUCAUCCUGUCCGACAUCAGGAAACCUCCAAGCAACGUUUUCCACAGCGGCCCCUUCAUCUACUCAGACAUCCUGGACUACAAGAACCUGCGGGAAAUUGUGGUGAACAACCGCAUCACUUGGCUGGUUCAUUACAGCGCCCUCCUCAGUGCUGUUGGAGAGGCCAACGUGGCCCUGGCACGCUCUGUAAACAUCACCGGGCUUCACAACAUCCUGGACAUCGCAGCCGAGCACGGCUUGCGUCUGUUUGUCCCCAGCACCAUUGGUGCCUUUGGUCCCACUUCUCCUCGCAACCCUACGCCAGAUCUGUGUGUGCAGAGACCUCGCACCAUCUAUGGCGUCUCCAAAGUCCAUGCUGAGCUGAUGGGAGAGUACUAUCACCACCGCUAUGGCCUGGACUUCCGCUGUCUCCGCUACCCAGGAAUCAUCUCUGCUGACUCCAUGCCCGGUGGCGGCACAACAGACUAUGCUGUGCAGAUUUUCCACGAUGCAAUCAAAAGUGGCAAAUUUGAGUGCAACUUGAAAUCAGACACACGGCUGCCCAUGAUGUACAUCGACGACUGCCUGCGCGCCACGCUGGAGGUGAUGGAGGCGCCAGUUGACACGCUGACCAUGAGGACCUACAACAUCAACGCCAUGAGCUUCACUCCCGAGGAACUGGCCCAGGAACUCCAGAAACAGAUGCCCGAACUGGAGGUCACAUAUGAUGUUGACCACGUACGGCAGGCCAUUGCUGACAGUUGGCCAAUGAACUUCGAUGACUCCAACGCGCGGAAGGACUGGGGCUGGAAGCACGACUACGACCUCCCAGAACUCGUCCAGACGAUGCUGAACUACUUUGGCGCGGAGACGCGCAUGGCUCGUGCCAACUGAGGAUGUGAAAACAUCACUCUGAGUUUCCUUUGUACAUAAUGUAAAGACUGACCAAAGAGAAUAGAGAAACAUGGCCUGUACAUAGUCGUUCUCUCACUUCUCUCUGUAAAAUCAGAAGGGCUCUGCUUGCCUGGCACACCGAGUCUCCAGAAUGUGAUGGUCGGGCUCGACAAUCCUCCCCGCUCCUGUCUCCUCCCUGCUUCUUUGCUGUUUUCCCUCUUUCUUCUGCUUGGAGAGUUGUGCGAAGAGCAGUCUGUCAGUGGAAGGCUGCAGGCAGUAUCAGGGAAAACAACGUGGCCUGUGAAAACUUGUUUGGAUGGAAACGAAGAUGCAUGUUGAUGAAUUGUGCAAAAUGUGGUAAAAAUCAAUUUAACAGCGUGAGAAUGUUGCGUGUAUUUUUUUCCACCAGUUUUUCUUCAGAGAUCCAGAUCGGGACGGGUUUCGUUUUCUGCUAAAUUUCAAGGGGUUGUCCCGGGGCUAAAAUCAGGUAUUGAGGGGUGUGCAGAUACACAAGUCGUGUCCUUUUGAUGCACUUUACACAGAUUCAUAUCUUAAAUUUACUGACGAGUAAAUGAGUCUAAUCACCUGAUACGGUGCAUCUGUAUUUUUCGAGAAGUGCGGAGCGAUAAUUCUUAAGAAUUGUUUUUUUCUGUUUAUUCCACGUUACUUUAUUUAUUCUGUCUGUUUCAUCGAGUGAAAGCAUUUCUUAACACUUUUGUUUCUGAGCGUUUCUGUCCACUUUUAUGUUAUAUUAUUUUUUUUCAUCAACUCUGUGGGAAUAUUUUGGACACAAAAGGGAAAUGUGGCUCUGCACGCCACAUCUUUGUUUGGCCACAUUUGGUGGUUUCUGUACUUAAACAUUUUGUAUUAGAAAUGUUGCAACUGGUUUUUAUGUGAAAGUCUGUCUAUUCUUUCAAUCACACAACAAG